GGAAGACCUCUUGUUGCUCGCAACGAGCGUCUAGUUAUUAUAAUUAUUAUUAUUUUAUUUAAAUUGUUCAUUGAAUCAAUAUUGAUCAACGAAUGACGGAUGCCCUACGGACCCGUUGCCUGGUCACGGAGGAACGAAAGACGGAAACGAAAGUAAACCCAGGAAAAAUGGAUGAUAUUGUUAAAAUUAUCAUGAGUGUGGAGAUAUCCCCCGUGGAAGUGUUAAAGGUUUUCACGUGCAUGUUAGCGGGAAUUUACACGGGCUGCAGUGUGUAUGCAGCAGUGAUAGAAGCUCCCAGUCGAUCCAACCUCCCGCUGCAUUCUCUGUGGGAACAAUGGUCCACCAGCCUUACCAGAGCAGCCAAAGUUAUCCCUGUGAUGUUGCUGUGUAUGGCUGUGUCCUCUGGGGGCGUGUUCUACCUAAGCCCCGCCUCUGAUGAGCUGCGGAAUCUUUGGCUGGCUCCAGUGGCCUUCUCUCUCUUCUCGUUUGUCUAUACCCUCAUCGUCAUGCGUCCGGAAACUAACAUUCUUUUGGAGAAAGAUGUCAUUACAAAGAAAGGGAAACAGUGGGUGAGGGAGGCCGUGGAACGCUGGAUCUCCCGCCAUUACAUCCGGGUAGUCCUCGUCUGGGUCGCAUUUGUGCUGGUUCUCUUUGCUACUGUGAAAUCUUAAACUUAAAACAGCAUAGAUUGUAUGGAUGCCAUUUUUUACAUAUCACUCUGCAUAUCAGUGUUAAAAAGUAGUGGGGUGGGUGGGGGUUCGUUUUCCUUUUUUAUGAGUUUAACUUUUUAUGUAUGUAUGGUUGUUUUUGGGUUUUUUUACUUUUAUGUUCCAUACAAUAUUUGUGUAUUUGAUGUCCCUUUUACAAAUUCAUGAAAUGGAUUUACACAAAGCAGCAAUAUGAUAAACCUCCAUUGAGAAACCAUAGAUCUUAAAGAACGCAAGUACAUGUAGAUUGAAUAGAACUGAUGAAUGAA